AUGACUCAGUGGUUUCAGCUACAGCAACUUGAUUCCAAGUUUUUGGAGCAAGUUCACCAGCUAUACGAUGACAGCUUUCCUAUGGAGAUCAGACAGUACCUGGCACAGUGGCUGGAAAAGCAGGAUUGGGAUUAUGCAGCCAGCAAUGUAUCUUUUGCAACAUUGUUAUUCCACGAGCUGCUGUCACAGCUUGAUGAUCAAUUUAGUAGAUUCUUGGUAGAGAACAACUUCUUGCUGCAACACAACAUAAGGAAAAGCAAACGUAAUCUUCAGGAUAACUUCCAAGAAGACCCAGUACAAAUGGCAAUGAUCAUCCACACCUGCCUGAAAGAAGAGAGGAAAAUACUGAGCAGUGCCCAGUUGUCAAAUAAGAUGGAAGUGGGAGGUGUACAGAACACUAUGACUGAGAUGCUGGACAAACAGAAGGAGUUUGAUGCCAAAGUUAAAGCUGUUAAAAACAGUGUUAUAGACGUGGAGCAGGUCAUCAAGACAUUAGAGGAUAUGCAAGAUGAAUAUGACUUUAAAUAUAAAACCUUUCAAAAUAGAGAACAUGAAUCCAACAGUGUGUCUCACGAGGAAUAUAAGAAAGAAGAGAUAAAUCUCAAGAUUAUGUUGUCAUCACUUAAACUCAAGAGACAGGAAGUGGUGAACAAGAUAGUACAGCUACUGCACAACACAGAGCACACACAGACUGCUCUCAUUAAUGAUGAGCUGGUGGAGUGGAAGCACAGGCAACAGACUGCAUGUAUUGGUGGCCCACCCAAUGCCUGCCUUGACCAGCUGCAGAACUGGUUCACCAUUAUUGCUGAAAGUCUACAGCAAGUUCGUCAGCAGCUCAAAAAGCUCGAGGAACUGGAACAGAAGGUUACCUAUGACUCUGAUCCCAUCACAAAAAACAAACAAGUUCUGCAGGACCGAACACAUAGUCUUUUCCAACAACUCAUCCAAAGCUCAUUUGUGGUAGAGAGGCAGCCUUGCAUGCCAACACAUCCUCAGAGGCCACUAGUCCUGAAGACAGGAGUACAGUUCACUGUAAAGCUGAGAUUGCUGGUGAAAUUGCAGGAAUUGAACUACAACUUGAAAGUGAAAGCUUUAUUUGAUAAAGAUGUAACUGAGAAGAACUCAGUCAAAGGGUUCAGGAAAUUUAACAUUUUGGGAACAAACACAAAAGUAAUGAACAUGGAAGAAUCUACUAAUGGAAGUCUAGCAGCAGAAUUCAGGCACUUGCAACUGAAAGAACAGAAAAAUGCAGGAAACAGAACAAAUGAGGGUCCUCUCAUUGUAACAGAAGAGCUUCACUCCCUGAGUUUUGAGACACAGCUGUGUCAGCCUGGCUUGGUAAUAGACCUAGAGACCACAUCCCUUCCCAUUGUUGUGAUCUCAAACGUGAGCCAGCUUCCCAGUGGAUGGGCUUCUAUCCUAUGGUUCAACAUGCUGUCUACUGAUCCCAAGAACUUGUCCUUCUUUCUGAAUCCACCUUGUGCCAAGUGGUCUAAACUUUCUGAAGUUCUGAGCUGGCAGUUUUCUUCCAUAACAAAGAGAGGACUUAAUGCAGAUCAGCUGAGCAUGCUGGGAGAGAAGCUACUUGGGCCAGCAAGUGGAGGAUCUCAUGAUGGCCUUAUUCCUUGGACAAGAUUCUGCAAGGAAAAUAUAAAUGAUAAAAAUUUCCCCUUUUGGCUGUGGAUUGAGGGAAUCCUGGAACUUAUUAAGAAACACCUCUUGUGUCUCUGGAAUGACGGCUGCAUCAUGGGUUUCAUCAGCAAAGAGCGAGAACGUGCUUUACUGAAGGACCAGAAGCCAGGAACAUUUUUAUUAAGAUUCAGUGAAAGCAGCAGAGAGGGAGCAAUCACAUUUACUUGGGUAGAGGGAUCUCAAAACGGUAAGUCACUCCAGUUCCACUCAGUAGAACCCUACACCAAGAAGGAGCUCUCUGCUGUGACUUUCCCUGAUAUCAUCCGCAACUACAAAGUGAUGGCAGCUGAAAACAUUCCUGAAAAUCCACUGAAAUUUCUGUACCCAGACAUCCCCAAAGACAAUGCCUUUGGCAAAUACUACUCCAGGCCUACAGAGGCACCAGAACCAAUGGAUGUGGAUGGUCCCAAGGGAACUGGUUACAUCAAGACUGAGUUAAUCUCUGUAUCUGAAGUGUAA